UGGUAGAAAAUUGACCAAAUUUAUCGCUUUUCACCUUUAUUUCCACUACCUACUUAAAAAUGGAGUAAAUACGCCUUGUUGGGUGUUAAAUAUAGCCACAACGUGAAUAAUUUUUCCACGCAAGAGAGACGAUCAAAAGUUCUUUCGUCAAGCUUCGCCAACAUGAGUGAACAGCUGAAAUACAUCGUCGACGAACUGAAUAAGGAGCCUUUCAAGAGGAAUUAUAAUCUGAUAAGGUAUACAUUUCACUUUUUUUAUGAUACUGAGAAUUUCAAGGCGAAUAUAUGACUUGUGAGCUCAUACAAUUUUGGAAUUUAUUGCCAGUGAUUUUAAAUUACAUAUGUGACAAAUUUAUAUGAAAUAAAUCAUAUAUGAGAACCAAACGAAGAAUGAUCCCAGCAGUUAUAUAUUUCUCAUAUAUGAUUUAUUUCAUAUACAUUUGUCACACUCAUCUCUUUUACGCGAACGUAUGAACACAUAAUUGACUGGCUCCCAACAACAGUGGCUUCAUAGCUUAGUUGGUUAGAGCAUCGCACCGGUAUCGUGAGGUCAUGGUUUCAAAUCCCGUUGAAGUCCUGAAUUUUUUUCAGGCUUCAUGCGUAAGUAAUUUAGUUUGAGGGAAGUUUGAGGGUACGUGCCAUCGCAUGCACGCUUAAAUGGCUUUUUUUUUCAUUGCUUGCAAAAAAAAUUCUUUGAAUUUCUUGUGUUUUGAUUUUAAAAAACCUAAAAUAUCACAAAUUUUGUUGCAGUUAUAAUUAAUUGGUAACAGAACUUCUUGUUAUCCAAUUUAGUCUGUAAUCAUGCUCGUGAUUAAUCAAAUCAGAGUCCUACUCUGCGGUUGUCCGAUUUUGUUUAUCACUCAUAUGAUUACAGACCGAAUUGGACUCCCUUCAGUUCUAUUACCAUUAUUUAAUUUGAUGAUAGAUGAAAUUUUUCUUUCAGUUUUGAUUCUCUUCAACCACUACAGUUACUGCAAGUACUAAAUGAUGUGUUUGCAGAGAUUAAUCCUCAGGUAAUGUAAUAUUGAGGUAACAAAAGUAAAAAAAUUCAUAUGAUAACAAAGCGUAACAUACUUCCCAUUUGACACCAUACCAGUAACAGACACUAGAAAUUUGGUGGUCAAUGUAAUUUUAAUAUUAUUAUUUUCAUAUUUUAUUUGCAGCACAAAAUAGAUCUUCGUGAUGAAGACCCUGAACAAAUGGCAAAGAGAAUGUUUACAUUCUUGAGAAUUCUUAAAUUCAAGCCAAAAACAGAAGCAGGGAGUCUGUAAGUAAUAUCUACCUUGUUAUCCAUAACAGUCAAACCAGUGAAACCACGAGCAAUUGAAAUUUUUCAGGAAUGUUUGUUGUGUUACGGCCAGUCACAGCAAAGAUCAGGACAGGUGAACUCUAGCCACAAACAAUCAUUUAUUAAUCAACGUUCUUGCUUGGGGUUUAGUUUCUCACACCCGAUUGGCUUUAUUCUUGCAACACAAUAACAUUCCAGAAAUAUUUCUGGUGUUCACUGUUUUCCCAGUUUGACUGUAAGGACUCAAUUAAUUCUAUUCCUCUUAACUCUCUGGACCAUUCUGUGAAACAAAAUAUAUUUCUCUCUUUUUUCUUUAUUCUUUAUAGGAGUGCCUUCCGUAAUGGACUCAUCCAAGGUGACAAGCUGGUGGUGUAUCCCAUUUUACAAUGGCUGUUUGAAAACCUGGCAGAAUUAAAGAAAAGAGCUUACCUGGCAAGAUACCUUGUUAAGCUUGAUGUACCUCCAGACCAGCUGGCUGAUCAGGAACUUUAUGAGCUUCAUGAAACUGUAAUUAUAACCAUUAAUAGAUUAACUGUGGCAGGGUUAGCUCAGUCGGUAGAGUACUUGAUUGCAGAGCGGAAGGUCACGAGUUUGAUUUCCUGGGCCGGAACAAUACUCAGGAUCUUAAAAUAACUGAGAAAUUAGGGUACUUCCUUUGAACUGCAAGCAGCUAGACCGACUCGGGUGACCACAUAAAAUGGCAGUCCGGUCUCGAGUGGGAGAUGUAAAAAUAGUGCCCCUAAUUAGUACUUUCGUGCUAAAUACUUUCACACUCAAGUAAAGAGCAAUUUAUCCAUUCUUAGAGACCCAGGGCAGCUGGUCCUGCAGAGAACUUUUUCCUGGGUGAAAGAUAACUUUGUAGUCCCAACUAGCUGACCCUGUGAAUUUGAGGUGAUAGAUGGUUAUCCUCACACAUGGUGAAAUAUGAAUUUUUGCCAAGGUUAUUAUGUUUCCUGGGGUUUAAGUCACUUGUACAUGUAUUGAUAAUGUGUUUGAUUAUUUCUAAUUAGUAUUUAGAAAUGAUGGAACAAUUUAAAGAGCUGCACAAGACAGUGGAACAACUAAGGACAUCCGGAUUAUCAACAGGAGAAAUGAAAAAGGUUAGCAGAUCAUUUUAGCACCUGUUAUUCUAAUUUUGUGUAUAUUGCAGAAGGUUGGUUGAGGAAAUGGCUCUGGUACCAGAAUUUAAUCCAAAGAUAUCAGGUUUAAGUUCACUUCUGAUGAUGCACCUGUAAGUUUCAACUCCUCUUGAAAUCAUUACACUUUUAUUUUGCCAUACUUUGAACUUUAAAAUUAAUUUAUGUGUUUUUUUAAAUUUUGCACAGGAUAUAGUGAAUAUGGAGGAUGAAAAGGAGCAACUUCACAAGAGAAUUGACAGGAUGCAGAAAAAGGUAUGGCACAGUUUACAUCUGUAGUAAAACACUGUGGCAUCUUCGCAAAGAUUUGAAAUGUAAGUCAUUAUAACUUUAUUUUUUGUUAAAACUUUUUUAGGUUGAAAAUGUGAGGAACUACGAAAAGAUGUUACAAGCAGCUCGUACUUUGCGGGUUGAAAGAGAGAAGGAACACACUCUUGCUCAGCAGAAACUGGAACAGAAAAACCAGGUUAGUUCUUCCAAAAAUAUCAUUCAUUUUGAACUGUGACAGCUUGGGAAUUUUCCUUACUUUCCAGCUGAAACCUUUCUGAUCAAGGAAUAUCAUUGUUCUUUGGUUGUAGUUUGUCCACUCAGAACAGCGUUAUCAACGCAUGCAGCAACAAUUAAAGGAUCUGAGAGCACAGGGCGUCGGCACAACUGGAGCAGGUACAGUUGACUGUCUCUUAAUAGAUACCUCUUAAAGACGGACACCUUGGUAAAACAGACACCUAGAGUUGUUCCCCGCCUCUGUUUACUCCCCGAUGGACAUCACUUUUACACAGACACUUAAUGUUGCUCCUCAAGGUAUCCAUCUUAGAGAGAGAUGACCAUAACUUUAUAUUAAAUAUGAUAUGACCUGAAGUGUUCACAGUUUCUUGUUCCAAGACCUGAGCCUCAGUAUUUCAAUCCUGUACAAAUUUCUUUAGCCAGGUAUUUAUUCAAAUUCUGGGUUGUUAUGUUAUUGUAAGCCAAUAACAAGUGAAUGAAUUAAUUUCCCCUGAUUUUUUCAAAAAUUUGCCAAAUGGCAAUUUCUUCUUGUUUGGGCAAAAUGUACUCUACUUUGCAUCAAAGAAAAAUUUGAUGUUGAAUUUUUUUCAUGAAGUUAACUAACUUGAUGACAGAUGAAGAGGCAUUUUAGAUGUUUUUUUAUUUGCAGACCUUAUAAAGAGGCUAGAAGAAGAAAACAAGGUUAACAUGUAUCUUUGUCAAGAAAAACUGCCAAAGGUAUGAUAUUUCAGCUUCUACCUACACUAAACACAGUAGUUGGUAACAAGCAGCCUUGCAAAGAUGGAAGGCUGCAAGGCGGCAGCGUAAUAAAGCCACGUGUGAAAGUUCCAAGGCAGAAUGAAUCUUAAAGCAAUGUAACAUAAGGUAGUAUGACGUAACUUUUAUGACAUAGUGCAAAACAGAGAAUGCAUUGUUUUCGAGUGAACACGUUAUACGGAACAGAGAAUCACGAGCUUUGAUGGACACAUGACUACCCUGCAGCCUGCGUUCUCAUAAAUUACAGUAAUUCAUGACAUUUCUAAACAAAUUGAACAGUGCACGUUUAGGUAAAAUCGUUGGCACUUAAUGAUAGCUAUAACUAGUUUAUUAAGUUCAUUUGGAUAGGAAGACGAAAUAGGGUUGUCUUCUGCAGGUCUUGGGGCUGAGAUACAUUUUUUAGUGGAGUGACUAAAUUGUUAGCCUGCAAAGGCAGACAUAUUUCGGGUUGUCGAUUCUCUAAAGCAAUGACCUGAAAUAUGUCUGCAUAUGCAGUCUACAAACUUGUUAAUUAAGUGUGUUAGGUUUUCAGGUCUGUAAGUGUCAACAUUUCGGUCUCUAUUAAAACAAGUCAGGUUGAAAAUGCUUUGACUAUAGUGCUCAUUCAUUUGUUGUUUGAAUUUAAAGGAGCUGGAAGGCAAAAAGAAGUAUGCAAAAGAUUUGCAGAAGGUUGCAGAUGAACCAGCCAUGGGACAGAAUGACAUUGAUGAACUCAACAAACGAGUAAGACACAGAUACUUUUAUUGCAAAGAUAAAAUUCUUUUUGGGCAAACCACAUUUUACCAAUACAGUCAAAGUUAAGAUUUCUUUUGUAACUAAAAAAACACUCCACAUAACUAUGGUGUUACCCUAAGAUUUAUUAGCAUAGAAACUAAGGGAAGAGGUUGCAAAACUCCUACCUCAGCUUGCAGCUAGCAUCUGAGUUUUUCUUGUGUUAUUAAAGGCAAAUUUAAGGUAUAGGAGAAAAGGGCAACCCUUGGCUAAAGCACAUAUUAAAAUAAUUUAACCAUAAAGUUAGAUCCUGAAUUAACUGUAUAUAACUUAGGGUUCAUGGCUUUGGAGACUUUAAAUUUGGUUGGCCCAAAAACUGAAAGAAUAAGACAGAAAAAUGUGUUGAAAAGACAGCAAUCUCGUAGAAAUUGUAAUCAAGGAACGUUAAUUGCUAUUUGUUUAAAUUGCAGAUCAAGCAGCUGUCUGCAGAGAUCAACUCACUGAUUGAAAAAAGGAUGGUGAGGAAUGACCCCAUUGAUGACAAGCUGUCCCUUUUCAGACAACAAGUAAGUGACUUUUUUACCUUUGUUACAUAUUAAUACAUAAGUUAAGUUAAUUUCUAAGAGUGAAAAGAAUAUUCAAUUCAAUAGAAAGUGAUAGUAGUGAAGUUUUGAGUCAAUUAAGACGUCAAAGGCAUCAGAGAUUACCGAGGUAGAUGGCAGGUUAACCCAUUAAACCGCAAUAUCCACAUACAAAUUCUUCAAACUGAUCUCUAUACAUUUCCUUAAAGAAUUAGUUGAGAGAAUUUGAGAAAAGAUCAAAGCAUUUUUCUCAGAUGAUCAUUUUAUUAAUUCUCAUAACCUUAUCUCUUGACAAUCUAUGGAUAUCGUCAGGAGAAAAUUGAUGUUGGUCACUAUUGGCACUAUAAAGGCUUAAGAGUAUUUUCAAAAUUAUUUGGAAUGAAGAGCAAAAUAGUGAAGACAGUUGUGGCUUAAGUUCAAAUAAACAACUGUACACUACUUUGGCAGGCAUAUCCUAAAACCACUGACGAAUAAAAAGACUAAGUAAUCAUUUUUACAUGUUACCGAAAGAAUGUAAACGUUCAGUCUUUCAUGAAUCAAUAUCCAUCCUUAGAGGGAAGGACCUUCCAUCUUUUGAGCAGUUGUGUUCGUGUUUUCAUCACAUUGUCUUUAUAUUUCUCAUAUUCCAAAGGCUUCAAUAAUAGCGCGCAAGAAAGAAGCCGCUGCAGAGAAACUUCAAGAGGCGAUGGAUGAGGUAACUGACCGUUAUUUCAUGAAAUAAAAGUGAUUUAUUUUGUAAAUGCUAUGAUUGAUCGAGGAUUUUUGGGCUUGUUAAUUUCACGCCACAAGACGCCUCAAGACGGAGAUGGGUAAGAGGGUAGGGGUGGUGAUGUUUAGUUGUACAAUCGUUCUGUGAAACGUCAUUGAAAUUCGUUCAGGAUGGGGAGAGCUCUUUGGCGAAAAUUUUUAAAAGAGAGUAUGAAGCUAACUAUCCUUUUUCAGGGGUUGGGGGCUGAGGGAAGGUUGAAUUUUGUGGGAGCAUAAACUUCUUUUGGUAGGGACCAUAAGCAACAACAACGGCGACGGGAGGGAAAACGUUACAUGUACUUUCAAAGUGAAACUUUGCUGAGAUUACGCCACUCUAUUUGUCAAAUAUAGCGUAGGCGAAUUCCCCUGGGGUUGUAAUUUUUAGUGGUAUAGCAAGGUUCUAAAAGAGAACGAAGAAUUCGCUGUCGUGUGGUUUUUUGACCUCUAUCAGGACCAUAAAACGUCGUACUGUUUUGUUUCGUAUUUUUAAUUUCGCGUUGCAAUAACCGUAGUUCUUAUUUUUAUACAGAAGUUUAAACUAUUUGUUUGUGUUUAACUUCAAGGUUUCCAGUGCGGAGGCUGACUACCAGAAAAAGAAGGAACUGCUUAAGGAAAGUGAAGGAUCCGAGGUGUUAAAAGGGGACGAGGUAUGUUUUUAAAUAGCAGAAGCAAUCUCUAGAUAUUAGAGAGCUUUGGGGCGCGAUCCAUUCAACCAACAUUCAGACCGGUCCGACCGGGAAAAGAGGACCACCUCAAAAGGUGGACCUGUUUUUUCGAAACUUUUCCGGUUGGCCCGAACCGAUCCAUUGAGUUUUGGACCGAAAUUUCCGGAAAUUUUGGUUGAAUGGAUCGCGCCCUUGGAUUCUAAGACGAGAACGACGAGUACAAGAUUUUCUCAAUAGUGAAAAGCGCUCGCGCGUGAACCGGCGUCAUUUUGGCGGGAAAACGUGGUAGCUGUCGGCAUUCUACUACGAGUUUUAGCGAGUGGCGGGAACAAGUUUUAGCAUUUUGCAAUCGGGGGAGGUCUUAACUUCCUUCAAUAACGAUAACAGUGCUAAUUUUUUUGGUGAUAAAAAGUACAAUGAAGCAUUCCGGGGUGUCUACUUUUUGACAAUAUGCGAAAAAACUUAAAUCAAAUCUCGUACCCGUAGUCCUUCUCGUUCUCCAAUCUAUUAAAGGUCUCUAUUAACCUUUAUAUUUUGCACUACAACCUUUCACAAAUACUAUUAUGGUCUCUUCUCAAUUGCAGUUCAAGAGGUACGUGAAUAAGCUGAGAGGAAAAAGUACUGUGUAUAAAAAGAAACGACAAGAGGUAGGUAGCUCAACUUGCUAUAAACCAAGGGGGGUAUAAUUAUUUUCAGCUUGUCUAAAGCAUCUAUAAAUUUGUAUGGAGAUAUACUUAUCCGAGAUUUCAUUUUCAUAAGUCGCGUCUUUAGUUGCGUGACCUUUGUGCUGGACGCGCCGGUGUCGCUUUACAGCGACCGUUGAAAUAAGAGACUUUGUAUGAGAAAUAAAAUACUGAGAUCUGCAAACGCUAAAUAACGUCAAAUCUCCUUCAAUGAAAUGAAUAGAAAAGGCGUAGCUGCGAUGUUUUGGUGUCUCCUUGUCGUUUUACGGCGCGUCCAGGACAAAGGUCACGCGUCACCUUUUCCUCGUAACGUGAGUUUGGGACACCUGUGCUGCGAGCGUAGCCUCCUUUUGUCUUUUUCUUGAUAGAGGUAGGCGCGCCAAAUUUGAGGAAGCAAAAGAAACGCUCUGCUAGCAAGGCGCGUUUUUAACUGGAAUGUUCCCCUUUGCACAUAUUUUUAAAGUUCUAUUUGUCUUUUCUAUUUUUAGUUGGCAGAGCUUCGUGCUGAGUAUGGUGUUCUUGCCAGGACAGAAGAAAUCCUUAAAGCGAAGGACGACACAUUCCAGCAACAGAUGGUAAUGAUUUAACCUUUUUACUGCAAAAUUUAACUUUUAAGAGAGGUCUAAUUUUUUGAUAAGGAUGAAUAAUUUCAUUUCAUUGCUGCCAUAAACGCUCACGAUUUCAUCAAUGCCGACAAUCUGUUGUUAAGUAUGAAGUCCCUACUCACAUGGUGCUCUGUAUUGUUCCUUUAUAGGCGAACCUGGAGGCCAAAAAGGGCGUGUCAGGUUUCCAUGAGACACAAGAACAACUGGAAAAUGUGUCUACCAAGAAAAGUGAACUAGAUGAACAGAAGGGAAAAACACUAGAGGAUAUCUCUGAACUGGUAGGGAGGGGAUGGAUGGUUUCUUAUGUACAAUUGCUUCAUACGCGGGGGAAUGGACUAAAGAAUACAAACACACAGGUUUUUUCUCAUUGAUAGGGAGGGGUUCCACGGUAGCAUUUUUGGCAAAUGCCAGAACUGUAAAUAAUAUAGGGCAGGUUUAGGUGUUGUUUUUUAUCAUUACUAAAUAGUAACUGGUCAUUAUUUUUUCAGGUUCGACAGUUAAAUGCCACAAUUGCCGAUAAGAAGAGCUCUUUGGCUCCAAUCAUCAAGGAACUGAGGCCUAUGAGACAAAAAUGCCAGGUACCCAGUUCUCACUUUUCUUCUUUCGUUUCCCUUUGAUGUCCGAUGUUCAUGUUACAUAUCGUUGCAUUCUAAUUUGUUCUUUUUUUUAAUAUUUGCCAUUAAUCUCUUUGUUACAAUCAACUCUUGUAAUUUCUAAAAGGAAAUCACUGGAGAAUACGAAGAAAAGAAAGCAGCGUACGAGAAUUUAGCUGCAGGACUGGAGAGCAACAUGUCAAAAUUAGAACAGGUACGAAAACUUUGCUUAAAUUUCUUUAAAUGUAAAAAUUCAGUAACUCUCAUUGGAAUGAUCACACUCUAGGUUUUCGUCCACAAACUCAGAAGUAAAUAAUGAUGAUGAUGAUAAUAAUAAUAAUAAUAAUAAUAAUAAUAAUAAUAAUAAUAAUAAUAAUAAUAAUAAUAAUAAUAAUAACAAUAAUUGCUAUACUUAUACAGCAAAUAAAUAGAUUAGCUGAGUAUAAAAGAAACAGCUGGUACAAACCUAUGUGCAGCAGUAAAAUAUUUCAAGAUAAGAACGAUAGAACAACUCAAAUCACACCUCUCAUCAUUUGACUUUUAUUGAAAGGAUUAUUUUGGUUAAUAACAUUCGGAGUUUUUGUUUUAGGAAGUACGUGUACUUCGUGAAGAAAUAACCCAUGAAGAAGGCCGCUAUCAUUAUUUACACUGCAUGUUAAAGGUAAGACAAACCCGCUCGUUUGAGACGUUUUUGAUAUUGUUUGACUCAUUUGAUAAAAUUGCAUUAGCCCGAGUUCAUCUGAACUGUAUACUGUUAUGUUAAUUCAUUUUUAUUUUCGCGAUCAUUCAGGUACUUGAAGUACAACAGAAGCGAAUUGACGAUGAACUGAAGGCUUACCGUUCCGCGGAUACUACAGAUCGUAAAAAGUCCUUCAGGUACUCGGAUGCAUGACUGUUAAUAUCUUAAACAAAUACCUCCCUCCCCUUUGCAUUUACUAAAACUGAACACAACUAACGUUGAGCAGCCAUUGUCAAGCUUGCCCCCUCGUUUGAAAAAAAAAAGGUGUACUGCGUUUUAGCACUUUAGUUUGAUUUCAAGGACUUAACCGAGUAUCGCAAUAGGUUUUUAGGGAUGCAGGAUUUGCGUUAUUCGAAGACCGGGAUUUGGGAAAGAAUGCUUGGGUUGCAGGAUGCCGAAAUUAACCGUCGGGAUCACAGGAUUACAAGGUCGGGCAGUUGAUGGGAUUAAAGAACCCACGUGAAAAUUAUAACCUUUCCUGUGACACUGUGGUUUCUUUGUCUAGGGAGCAGUUUACUAAAAAGAUUCAAGAACAAGAAAAUUUGGGAAAGGUAUGAAAGACAACAAAGCAUCACUAAACCUCGUUACACUAUUCAGGCCCUUAAGUUUUACUUUUUGAUUCCUUCAGAGUCUGCGCGAUAGACAAAAAGCUGUACGAGAAAACCAAGCACCUAACAUGAAACAAAUGAAGAUGUGGAGCGUAAGUAAAAACCCGGUCAAAAUCUUAGUUCAACAAUGGAACCGUUUUGAUUAUCAAAACAUGGAAGCGUUAGUGUAUUAUUAAUGUAGUAGUAGUAUUACUAGGGGUAAUGGUGGCAUAUACAUGUAUAUGAAGUAUGCGUGUAGAUAGUUAACGUAUAAUUUGUAUGUAAAAUCUAUGUACGUGUAGUAUGUAUGCAGUAUGUAUGUAACAUGUAUGUAAUUUGUAUGUAAGAUGUAUGUAGUACCUAUGCAAUAGUUAUGUAGCAUGUAUGUAAUUUGUAUGUAAAAUGUGUGUAGUACGUAUGCAAUAUGUAUGUAGCAUGUAUGUAAUUUGUAGGUAAAAUGUAUGUAGUACGUGUGCAAUAUGUAUGUAGCAUGAUCUAAUUUGUAUGUAUUAUGUGUGUAUGCGCUGGGAAAAGCAUAUAAUGUAUGUAUGGGUACUGCGAUGAGGUUGAGUUGUUAUGCGGUAGCAAGAGAGAACUUGGAUCUAGCUCAUUCUCUCUUGGCGGUAGUGAGGGGUUUCAGCUCUGUAGCAGUCACCUAAACUGUUCUAAAAUAAUGUCUUACUCUUUCACUCCAGGAUCUUGCAAAAUUGUUAGAGUGCAAGAGAAACUGUAUGUUAAAGCAAGAGCAAGAAAACCAGAGUGGGGCGGCUACCCUAACACAUCAGGGGCAAGAUGGAGAAAAUUUGUUGGUACUUUGA